AUGUAUGAAAGAAUUCAAUUCCAGGUCUUGUCUGCCGUCGCACCGCUUCUCCUCGAUGCAAACUGCUACACUCAGAAAGCCGCAGCAGCAACGAUCCUGCAGCUCGUGGAUGCCACAUCGAGACAACCACUGAUGGCUUUGCUGAUUGAGCAACUGGGAUCCAUUCUGGAAAAAGAGACCUGGCAUUGGCGUCCCUCCUUCGACUUGCUGGCCACGCUCGCGACAGAGGCGGAUGAUGCAGAAGUGGAGAUACUCGUCGGAGCACUCUUGCCGUUGUUGAAAGCAUGGGAUCCCGACGUGCAGCGGUCGGCCACAGAAACUCUGCUUCCGCUGGUGCUGUCCGAAUCCGCCGCUGCCAGAAUCAGGGCGCGCCUCUGCGGUGCGGGCUUCCUGGUUCCUCCUGACAUCCUGCAGGAGAUCGAGCAAAACGCUUCGGAGUGGAUUGGGAGGCGAGCUGCGGCCAGCCAACCUGAACGGGAUUGA